AUGAGGCUUCUCUUUGAAAAGGUCCGGCAUCUGGAGAGCGAACAACAUCGCAGCCAUCAACCCUUCUGGUCAAAACCACGACCGGGGCCCUUUACUGAACGUAUCCUCCACUACCACCAGGAGAAAGAUAUCCAGCCGCUCCGCAUCGCCUUCUACACUGGCACGGAGGACCCUCUCACCCAUAUCCACUCCUUCCAGUCUGCCCUUGGGUGCAAAGGCCUCACUGACGAAGGCAUGUGCCUCCUCUUCCCUUCCACCCUUAGUGGCGCGGCCCCAAACUGGUUCUAUAAACUCCACCCCCGCACCAUCAACUCGUUCGACAGUCUCAAGCAGACCUUCCUGGAUCAUUUUAUGAUCCAGACUGAUCGCCUAUACUCCGCCGACGACUUGUAUAUGCUUCAGCAAGCUGAGGACGAACCCCUUCGGGAAUAUGCAGCCCGGUUCAGUCACGAAUACUACCGCUUCCCAGAGACUAACGAUCGCACUGCCUUUGGGGCUUUUAAGAGUGGCCUCCGCGAGUCCAACUUUCGCUACCUGGUUCAUAGCAAUAGUUGUAACACAUAUACAGAGCUAAUGAAGAAGGCAGCGGUCCAUGCCAAGGCUGAAUACUUUAAUUCUAAGCGUGGCCCAGCCAACUUGGCGCGUAACACUUUCGCUGAUCCUCCAUUUGCUUCAGUACCUCCUUCAGCCUCACCUCAACAUUCUAUCCCCGCCCCAAGCACCCAGGGUACCCAAAAACCAAAGCGGAAGGAUAGCUACCCGUACCCCUUCAGCAAUAACAAACGUGGCAGACAUGGCAACCACCACCAAUCUAGUGGAGGCAACCCUCCCAAGACAGCUGAUCGGGCCCCACUUCCAUUCACACCCAGGCCCAAGUUCGAGGUUUUUGCCACCCUCAACACCACCUAUGAGAAUGUCUUGGUGCGUGAAGCCCUUAUCAUCCCCAAGCCACCCCCCCGAAGACCAUCCAGCAAGCCCAUGCCAAACACGGGUGUCUUCUGCUGCUUUCAUCAAUUCAGCGGCCAAGACACCGAAUCUUGUGUUGCGUUGCGCAACAUAAUAGAAGGGCUCAUCCGUGAGGGAAAAUUGGACAGAUAUGUGCACAACCUAGCACCUCCGCCUAACCCCCCCAACAACAAAUCAACAUGA